GGAUCAAGCAUUAAUCCCGAUAUCCACCAUUCUAAAGUUUCCAGCUCAGAUUAUUUAAAUUAUUUAAAAAAAGUUCACCUCCUUAUAGGCUAAACCUCCAAUACGCCCCUGACGAUUACGACGUUAAUAUCUCUGUAAAUAUUUCCAAACCUUUGGACAAAUACAUAUAAUAGUAAAUUGAUGUUAUCGUUAUGUCAAAAAAAAUAUACUUUAUUCAUUUCUUGAAUGUUAUUGAAUUUAGUUUCUAGAGAAUCUACACAAGUUCAGUUCAUUGUAACGUUCUUGCAUUUCCACACUUGAAAAGUAUUGCAUUUUCUAACUUUGAAAAGAAAAAUGGAAAAUCUUCCAUAUCUUCCAAGAAGAAGGAUAUUCUAUCAUCUCUCAAGUAAAGAUCUUGAGGCCUUAGCACAAGUUUGUUGGUUCGAUGAUGUGACAGAUAAUCUGAACAAGAGAAGAAAAGGCGAUAAUAACGAACCAGUUAAAUUUAUUCAAACCUUCAUCAAGGAAGGAGAUAGUUUUGACGGAAAGCUUGAAACCUUUUUGACUGAGAUUUCGUGGUUCAUUCCUUCUCUAGCUCUAAUUUAUGUGCCCAGAGAGAUAGAUCGGAGCAGGAGGGUUUGGAUUGAGAAUAUAUUUCCUUCUUCUGUCUCAGGCAUUAAACUACAGUUUAGAAUAUUUACAGAUUUUGAAUUAGGCGCUGGAGAUAAGGAUUUAACCAUGCAAGCUCUCUUAGUUUUCGACAACAAUAUUUUCAGAACUUCCCUAAUUCUAUUGAGAGAAUUUGAAGAUGGGUCAACCAGUCAGUUUCUUCUGCAUACGAAUGGAAACCUUGAAGAUGUUUUAGAAACCAAACCAUUAGAAGAAUCCACCAACUUAAGUUCCUUUGCCUGUUUUGUUAAAGUUCCCAAGGAGAUGGUAGACAGAACAACUAGGAUGGGUAGUAUAACUAUUUCUGGAGUUAAUUUUGUAACAUAUUCUCAUAUAUCUCCGAGCCUAUACAGAUCCAAACAGAGGUUUCAUGGACUCAAGAGAAUCAGGAAAGAAUUCAUAAAUGGUUUUAUUAUGAAAAGCCUGGGAAAUUAUAGUUUAAAUCUGGAAAUCAAGGAAUUGAGCACACUGCAUUUACCACAAACAGCGAAAAAAUGGAGCCAGAAAACCUGUUUGGUAAUUCCGCAGAAAGUUGAAGAUGAUUACCUUGAGAUACCUCAGCAUUUGCUACCGACAAUUUUUAGAGGAUUCUUAGGAUGGAGCCAGCGACUAACAGUAAACACACUGAACUAUCCCAACAGGAAGAUAAAUCGAAGAACCGAAGUACUGGUUGUAUCUCCUGUAUUCCCUAAGUCAACGGAUCCUAAUUUCUGAUUUGUUCCAUUUUCAGGAUUCCAUAAUAAUGAUAAUUUGUAUAUUUUAUCCAAUAAACGUCAAAACAAUA